UUCUUUUAAUAUAUUCUCAAAUUAAAUUUUUUAGUCUCACACAGCUGUGUUCAUAUGUCGGAAUGCUGGCGCCAAGCAAUGCUGACGAUUGGUCAGUUACUCUGCUGUAUGCAACCCAACAAACAUCGAAGAGAAGCAUAUAUUCCAAACGAAUUUGAAAACAACAGCAAAAUCAACACCAAUAUGGCAGCUUCAGUACUCUUUAUUUGUGGUUUGACCGACAAAGUAUUGCCAAAAUUCGUACACAUCAGCGAGGAGGCAAAUAUGGAUGGCAGUUUCCUAUUCAGCUGCCUACUCCGCGAUAGACUGCGCAUCACUAACACCGGUACUGUGCUAGUCUGUCUACAGCAAAAUUUCCAACAUUAUUUCAACGCCGGUAUGCGACUCGGCUACAAUGCAAAGAUUUUUCUCGAUAGAAUUCUCAAUGUGGUCGAUCCACUAACAGAUAUGGCACAGAAGGGUAUGAAAUCCAAAUGGCUGAGAGAUGAACGUCUCAUCACUACCUACAUAUUGAACGACAUAUGCGAGUAUAUAUCCGAAACCGCCGACCAACGUGUCAGCACCACCAUCAUGAUCGAUAAUUUGGCGGUUUUAUUGAAUUUGGGCGCCACCAAAGAGGAAAUACUUCAACUAUGCUAUCAACUUGUCGAUUUGCCGAAACAAUAUGAUAAUUUGUCAGUGAUCACAAAGAUUAGCAACUGUGAUUUGAAUGAGGCUAUCGAUAAUAAUUUAGCGAAGCUGAGCAAUGCGCACAUACGUGUGGCGCCUUUUAAAACUCCCGUGUCGCGCGUUGCGGAUGGGAAAUUGCUGAUUCAGCGUGAGGCGUUGUACCAAAAAGCGAGGCAAGAAGAUGAACAGGGAAGAGUACAAGAAAUAGACGAUCGUGAAAAGAGGAUAGUUUGCGCGGAAGUCAUGUACAAAGCACACUCGAGAUGUGUAAAGAUUAUGUUCCCCUGUGAAUUGGAAGAUCAUUCAGAUAAAAAUAAGUGUUAUGUGUAGUUUUUUAAGAAUUUACUAUUAAAUAUGUUUUUU